GGGCACUUCUGUGUGUGUCUGUGCAUGCUUGCAUGUGAUCACUGCAUUUGUGUCUGUCUCCCUCAUGCCUCCCUUAUCCAUCCAUGCACAGCAUGAUAUAAACAAACCUGCCUCUGGACAUGUCAUGGCUUAAAAUAGAUGUUCAUACAUCAGCCUUUCUACAGCAGCGGCAGCAGCAGCAGGAAGACAUGGCCGACUGGAUCUGACUACAACGCUCAGAGCCGAGAAAUCACAGCUCUCAGAAAGGACCGUGGGUGGCAGCAGCAGCAGAAGCGACCUCCAGGCCACUCUCCGGCCUUCACGAACCCACAGGUAUGCCUUGUGGGUCUCGGCAGCUCCAAUGGCUUUCCUGUCCAGGUUCUCCAGGAACGGCACCAGGUCACCAAGCCGGGGCUCACGCGAAGAGCGCAACAAUCACCCCAUCCUCAGCGUCUUUGAGCUCGAAAGGUUACUGUACACGGGAAAGACAGCCUGUAACCAUGCUGACGAGGUCUGGCCAGGACUCUACCUGGGAGAUCAAGAUAUAGCGGCCAACCGGCGCGAGCUGGCUCACCUGCGCAUCACCCACAUCCUCAACGCCUCGCACAGCAAGUGGAGGGGGGGUGCUGAGUACUACGAGGGCACGGGCAUCCGCUACCUGGGCAUCGAGGCCCACGACUCACCUACCUUUGACAUGAGCCCCUACUUUUAUCCUGCAGCUGACUUCAUCCACCAGGCGCUGAAUGAAGGAAGGAUCCUUGUGCACUGUGCUGUCGGGGUGAGCAGGUCGGCCACCUUGGUCCUCGCCUACCUCAUGAUCCGCCACCACAUGCCCCUUGUAGAAGCCAUAAAGACGGUCAAGGACCACCGCGGUAUCAUCCCCAACCGGGGUUUCUUGCGCCAGCUGGUUGCCCUGGACAAUGCCCUGAGGCUGAAGAGGAGUGCGUGAAGGAGGGGACAAGAGGGGUUGUGCGGUGGGAGCGUUGUGUGUGCGGUGG